GGCAGUUAGUAUUAUCAAAUCAUUUUUCUGGUGGUGGUGGUGGAAGGAGUGGGUGUGAUGGGGUUGGAGUUCAGGUCGCAGCUGGACGACGCGUGGUACGACGCCCGGAUAGUAAUGGACGGCUACGAUCGCCUGAGGGUGAAGUUCAUCGGCUUCCCCGACGACCACGACGAGGUUUUCGACGCCAAUAACUUGACUUCCUUCAAAGAUAUCGCCGAGUUCAGGCGCCGGUUCAGGCCGGUGUCCGUACAGGUUCAGGAUAAUGAGUGCCCGCAGGUAGCGAAGGGCACGCUCGUCUGUGUCGCCCACGCAAUCUGUCCCGACGACCGCCGCUUCUACGAUGCCGUCGUCUACAAGGUUUUGCACGAGGAACAUCGGUUUGUAAAAGGAGAAGAAGAAUGCCCAUGCAGCUUCGUCCUCUUUUGGAGACACGGUCCAAAAGCUGGGUGUUUAACUGUUCAAGCUCUUGAAAACAUAUGCAGAGUCCAGCCUCGUAGAAACAAAAUGAAUCCACUUCUGACCUCUUUUCUAGAAACAGCCAGGGAGAAAAUUGAAAUCACCCUUUCUAAAAUUUGUGCAACUCCUCAUGAAGCUGCCUAUGAUGAAAAAGCUUAUAGGCCCAGCGUUUCUCAACGUUUAAAGCAGGAUACGAGCACUUCAAGGCGACCCUCAAGCCUUAUCUCGUCUCUUAAAGAAAUGAAUGGAAAUCCUUCUCAAAGGGCUGGACAUGGCAGUGAGAUAGAAGGGGUCCCCCAUAUGAUAAUCAUUGACAAUCUUGAGAGGGGUUUAUCACCGUUAAAAAUUGUGGAAUUUAUAUAUAAAAAAGUUUCAAUCUCCUGUGAAGCAUUUGUUUCGCCAUGAUUGUCGUCUUGAGUGGUAUACUCGAGGAACCAUCCUGGUGGACAGCAAAACGAAUGUUGACCUGACUUUCUAGAGGGUCCCGAUCACAUCAUCAUCUGCUCAAGUGGAAGGUAUCUAAUGUAAAAUGCCUCUUUUCAUGAUUGUAGAGGUUAGCUUGAAUUGCAUUCCCUAAACAUUGGGGGUUUAAGUGGUUGUCAAGUUUUGGGGUCUAAGGGUUCAUUUGGGGCUGCUUCUAUUGAAAGUAUUUGUCCUUGUAAGUUCUUAUGUUAAAAGCCCUUUUAUUAGAAGAACAUUAAUUUUUUUGUUAAAAAUCCAAGUGCUUUCUGAAAAAGCAUUUUGGAAGUGCUUCCUAGAAAAGCACUUUGGAGGCGCUUCCUCUAGAAACCGUUUUUAUGACCUAUAAGCACUUUCAAGUUGUUCUGCCAAAUGUAGUCAAACAUUUUUAGACAACUAAAAACACUUUUAACUCUUUCAAAAGCACUCCCAAACAUACCUUAAGUGAUUGUCCAACAUGGCAUAGAGUCUUCGUUUGCGGGUCAUGUGUUGGAAACAUCCAAUUCCCCUCCAGAAAUCUUUGUUGAUUUACAAGGUGUAGUAUGGGGCUCUGCACGUAUAUUAUUCUUUCUUUUCUAAUUUCAUUUCCUCUUCAUGUGCAAGUGGGGCUACACCCGAGGAAGGGUGUUAAUUUGAUAUGCAUUGUUGAUCAAUUUCUUAACAUCUAGCUCUUACGAUCCUCUGGUUGUCCUCCAUAAAUUGUGCAAAGUUGACAAUCUUAAUAUGGUUAUUACUCUAAUUGAUUGGUUCAAACGUGCAUCAUUUUAUAAUUUC